CUGAAUUUAAGCAAAACCAGCGAAAAAAGAAGCAAGUCCAGUUCAGAUCCUCUCAUGACGUCACGGUGAUAGAGGACGCUGGGGAAUCGAAGGGCCGCAAGGUGUCCUCUGUCCGGAGUCCAAAGAAAGACAGAGGGAAGGCAAAGGAGAGACAAAAGAACACUUACAACUUACUUGCAGAUUUACAGGACGUUUAUUCUAGAACUAAUAACCCGGUAAUUUAUAGAACUCAUUCAAAGAACGAAUUUAGUGAUAUAAGAUUGAAAGAUAUUCCAGUGGCAAAUGGUGAAUGUGGCAGUGAGUACAGAACUCCUGACUCAUUCGGUGAAGUUCUUCCAUCUCGGGAGGAACUCCUGCAAGACUCCAGCCAGGAACAGCGGCGGGGCGACAGCAACAGCGCCGUCGCCAGGGAAGCAGAAGAAAGGGAUGUUGAGCAAGAAUUCCGUGAGCAAAAAGUGGAUGCCCAGGACUGGGCUGGUCUCCCUCGUAGUCUGAGAGACAGUCAGACCUCGGGCGUGAGCACUGCCGAAAGCACUCCGCGCCUCCGUCUGUCGUCUUACACAAAGCCACCCACUCAAGUCAUCACUGGCUCUACAUCAGCGGCUCCCACACCCACACGACAGGCUCCCCCUCCUCCUAGAAAUCGCACGCUCAGUCCCCCACGCCCCAGCGUCCCCCCACCUCCUCCCCCCACUUCUCUCUCUCCUCCAGUGUCUCUGUUGCCACAGAAUGUCAUUGCGUCCCAAAGGCCCUUACCUUCGCCCCCUGUUUUAACACCUCCAUCUUGUCCACCUCCCCCUCCACCUCUUGUCCACCUCCCCCAGUCGCCACCACCGUCUCCUCCCCCGCCUCCUCUCCCCACGUCCCCCCCACCAGCAUUAGACGACACCAACCAGACGUCCAGUUUGUCCAGGAGCUCUGAGGAUCCUUCCAAAAACCCGACCUUUACCAGCUUCCGAACUGAUUCAGACCAGCAGAGUCCUUUUAAAUCUGUUAAUUCUUAUAACUCUCCUUCUUCAUCUCUCCCUAUAUCUCCUUCAGAAAUCUCACGGGGCAGUGAGGGUCUUCGGGAAGUGCUCUCACCUAUGGGAUAUGUCCCAGUGUUUGGGGGCACUGAAGAAGCUCGCACAGCCACCAUUCGUGGACGUGGAGCUGCCCACGUCCGACCCACUAUUCUAGAAGCCUUUGUUCCAACUCCACCCAGUAGUGCUCUCCCUCCUUCCUCGAGUCCUCCUGUUGCCCCGCGAAGACGCAACCGAAACCGUUCGCUUAGUCCCGACGUGCCGGGAGACUCGACCAGGAGCGGACAGAGCAUUCUUGGUGGCCGAGGACGAAGGUCUUCCUUCCUCAAUAAUCUCCUCGGAGACGAGAAUCCCUAUGAACAGAUAACUGAUCACAUCUAUGAGGAGCUGUUAUUACGCAACCAAUCCCCAAACCAUUCCUCUCUCGCGUGUCACAGCAGCUCCAGUAACAGUAGCUCACCCCAUAAAUCCCCCUCUCCUGGAAAGUCAAUGUUUGAAGGAGCUUCCAAAUACGAAAUAUUAGAGUACCUCCAAGAUGCUCGUCGCAGGGUUGCCAUUUCUGCAGAUGAUGAUGAAGAAGUGAGAUUACAGGGCGAUGUUGGUCCACCUCUACCGGUUGAGGUGGACCUGGAGGACGAGGAGGAGGAUCAACUGGGCGUAGAGCCCCCUGAGGAUAACUUCAAUGUGCUUACAUCGAGGAACAGAGGCCACAGGUCUUCUAAUAUGAGCUCGAACUCUGACUCCUCUGAAAAUAGCGGCCUCUUGAGGACAGAUAAGGAGAGACUCGCUGCGGGUGAGGUGGAAAGGACGGACUCCGGCGUGGGCUCGGAGACCAGCAAGCCUUCGCUGGUGGUCAGGCGCGGCUACCGAGGCCACGGCGGGAUCGCCAGCGCGAAGGAGGGCGACGUUCCUCUGUGUAACGACUGCGACGCUCCCGUGGACACUCGGGUCACGAACAGCGGCGUGGUGUACGCGCCAUUGGUCUGCCGCAGAUGCUCUCGUCGCCGCCAGGAAAGGAAAGAAAUACUGACGGAAAUCAUGGAGACGGAAAUUAAGUACGGAAGGGACCUCAGGGUCAUGGUAGAUGAGUUUUACAGACCAAUCCUCGUAGCGGGGUUGCUGACCCAAGACCAGCUGGCAAGCAUCUUCCUCAAUGUGGAGGAACUGUUGGAGCACAACAGAGUCUUUUCCUUCCAGCUGCGAGACGCCUUGGAAAUUGCCCUCGACCAGGGGGACGAGGACCUCCUUACCGUCAACGUUGCCAAACUCUUCCUGCAUGCGGCCCCUAUGCUCCAUGCCUUUGAAAAUUACUGUGUGAGACAGGGCUCGGCGUCUCUGUUACUGCAGACUUUAGAGAAGGAGAAGGAGCUGCUGAGGAUAUUCCUAAAGGUGUCCCAAAUGGAGAACACAUUACUGCGUCGUAUGAAUUUGCAUUCCUUCCUGAUGGUUCCAGUCCAGCGUGUCACAAAGUAUCCCCUCCUUCUGGCGCGGCUGUACAAGACCACGCCUCCAACACAUCCUUCAAGGGAAGACUGCCGUCGCGCAAAGGAGAAAAUCGAACUUCACUUGCAACACAUGAACAAUGAGACGAAGGACGUCAGUCCAACCAAGCUUUGGCGACGGAUUUCCAUGAGUGUCGGGAGUGGGACCCCCCUGAAGCGUUCUCCUCAGCCUCACGACUAUUCCACAAACCUCAAACUCCGAAAGUUGGCUUUGGAGGUGCUGGACUGGAAUCCAGAGGAGGCCAGCGUUGUCAGGGAAGGACGGCUGUUCUGCCUCACGCCAGACUCUAACAACUGGACAAGGCGUGGACGCUCCCUCAAGAUGGCUUCAGUACAUGUGCUGCUCGUCACCCAUGGCUCGCCGAGAGCCGUGUUCGAGGAUGAAGUACCGGAGGACGGACUUGUGACUCCACGAGAUUUAGGAAUCAAAGACGCUGCUCUUCUCGCCUUCAAGGACCAUAAAGUGUCCAAGGCAGCGAUGAUCAGACACGACCCGUGGUUACUGAGCCAGUGCGUGGUGGCCUGGGAAGCGGAGGGCGAGGCCGAGUGCUUCGAGGUGACCGAUCUCAGCUCCAAGGAAACUUACAUUUUCAAGGGGAGCGACAGCACCAGCACUGAGGUCUGGUUCCGCCACGUGCAGUUCCAUGCCCUGGCCGUUGGCAUGUGGAAGAGGCGUCGGCCGGCCUUGGCAAAUAUUAUGAUCAAUGGCAUGGGCAGAAGCUAAAAAAAUCUAUAUUUAUCAGUUCAUAGGUGAUCAUAUAUUACUUGCAAAUGCUUUAAUCCAAAAUAUAUAUAUUAGAUAAUACACUGGAAGAAAUAUUUGCAAUCUGUUAGCUUUAGCACCAAAGUCGCCA